CCCAUGCAGGCCCCGCCCUGUCUCAGCUCGUGCAGACUCUCGCGAGUUUUGAAGUCGCGGGCCGGCCCGGGCGGCUGCAAUAUGGCGGAGGCGGAAGGGGAAAGCCUGGAGUCCUGGCUCAAUAAAGCCACCAAUCCUUCCAACCGCCAGGAGGACUGGGAAUACAUAAUUGGCUUCUGUGAUCAGAUCAACAAGGAGCUCGAAGGGCCACAGAUCGCCGUCCGACUGCUGGCCCACAAGAUCCAGUCCCCACAGGAAUGGGAGGCGCUCCAGGCCCUGACGGUGCUGGAGGCAUGCAUGAAGAACUGUGGGAGGAGAUUUCAUAACGAAGUGGGGAAGUUCCGCUUUUUGAAUGAGUUAAUCAAAGUCGUCUCUCCAAAGUACCUGGGGGACAGGGUGUCUGAGAAAGUGAAGACCAAGGUUAUUGAGCUGCUGUACAGCUGGACCAUGGCCCUGCCAGAAGAAGCAAAGAUCAAAGACGCCUACCACAUGCUGAAGAGACAGGGCAUAGUGCAGUCUGACCCACCAAUUCCUGUGGAUAGGACGCUGAUCCCCUCUCCACCACCUCGUCCCAAAAACCCUGUUUUUGAUGAUGAGGAGAAGUCCAAGCUUUUAGCCAAACUGCUGAAAAGCAAAAACCCAGAUGACCUGCAGGAGGCCAACAAGCUCAUCAAGUCCAUGGUGAAAGAAGACGAGGCACGGAUCCAGAAGGUGACCAAGCGUCUGCACACGUUAGAGGAAGUUAACAACAACGUGAGACUGCUCAGUGAGAUGCUGCUUCAUUACAGCCAGGAGGACUCUUCGGACGGGGACAGAGAGCUGAUGAAGGAGCUGUUUGAUCAGUGUGAGAACAAGAGGCGGACUUUAUUUAAACUCGCCAGUGAGACUGAGGACAAUGAUAACAGUUUGGGGGACAUCCUGCAGGCCAGUGACAACCUCUCCCGGGUCAUCAACUCUUACAAAACAAUUAUUGAAGGGCAGGUCAUCAAUGGCGAGGUGGCUACCUUAACCCUGCCUGACUCAGAAGGAAACAGUCAGUGCAGUAACCAAGGCACGCUCAUCGACCUUGCGGAGCUGGACACGACAAACAGUUUGUCCUCCGUGUUGGCCCCAGCACCCACUCCACCCUCCUCAGGAAUCCCGAUCCUCCCUCCACCACCCCAGGCCUCAGGACCUCCACGGAGCCGCUCCUCUAGCCAGGCCGAGGCCACCCUGGGGCCCAGCAGCACAAGCAACGCCCUCUCCUGGCUGGACGAGGAGCUGCUCUGCUUGGGCCUCGCCGACCCAGCCCCUCAUGUUCCUCCCAAAGAGUCAGCUGGGAACAGCCAGUGGCACCUGCUCCAGAGGGAACAGUCCGACUUGGACUUCUUCAGCCCCAGGCUGGGGACCGCUGCCUGUGGCGCCUCCAACGCUCCUCUGCUCCAGCCCUCAGCACCCUCCUCAAGCAGCUCCCAAGCUCCACUGCCGCCUCCCUUCCCAGCUCCUGUGGUCCCAGCCAGUGUUCCUGCCCCCAGUGCAGGCUCCUUCUUGUUUUCUACUGGAGUGGCCCCAGCCUUGGCCCCAAAAGUUGAGCCCGCAGUUCCUGGGCACCAUGGCUUGGCGUUGGGCGACAGCGCGCUGCACCACCUGGAUGCCCUUGAUCAGCUUCUAGAAGAGGCCAAAGUGACCUCGGGCUUGGCGAAACCCGCUACCUCCCCUCUCAUCCCCACCACCACCCCAGCCAGGCCUCUCCUGCCCUUCUCCACGGGGCCCGGCAGCCCGCUCUUCCAGCCACUGAGUUUCCAGUCCCAGGGCAGCCCCCUGAAGGGGCCUGAGCUCUCCCUGGCCAGCAUCCACGUGCCCCUGGAAUCGAUCAAGCCUAGUAGUGCCCUUCCUGUGACAGCCUACGAUAAAAACGGCUUCCGCAUCCUCUUCCACUUUGCCAAGGAGUGUCCCCCAGGACGACCUGACGUGCUGGUGGUGGUGGUGUCCAUGCUGAACACGGCUCCCUUACCUGUCAAGAGCAUCGUGCUGCAGGCUGCAGUGCCCAAGUCAAUGAAAGUGAAGUUGCAGCCACCUUCUGGGACAGAACUCUCUCCAUUUAGCCCCAUCCAGCCACCUGCAGCCAUCACCCAGGUCAUGUUGCUGGCCAAUCCACUGAAGGUGAGCAGCAAAGAACCCAGGGGUCCCAGCCUGAGGCCCCAGCUGCCCCAGAUUAGGACCUCAGGACCACCACCUCCCAGCUGGAAGUGUUUUGACUGUAGGAUUGACACAUCGCUUUGCUGCCUUAGGUUAAGCAUCUGAGCAUGGUUGGGGUUGCGGGGAAAAGGGACCAUUCCUCUAGCACAGAGAGGGUAGCAGAAUAGAGGGCGUCCUGCCGAGGGGCCGCCCGGGCUGGAUCUCACUUGCUGCCCUCUGUCACAGGAGAAGGUGCGGCUUCGGUAUAAGCUGACCUUCGCCCUGGGGGAGCAGCUGAGCACAGAGGUGGGCGAGGUGGACCAGUUCCCUCCUGUGGAGCAGUGGGGGAACCUAUGACCCCAGAGGACGCUGUGAUCUCCACCUUGAAGCCAGGCAGGCUGCCCUGAGACGGGGAGGGCUCUGGUCCCGUCACUCUCCAUGCCCUGACAACAGUGCUUGUAGCUUUGAUGUGGAACAGGGGCCCUGAGCAUUUCUGCUGAGAACCAAACUGCUGCUGUGAUAACCUCUCCUUUGGCCCCUAAAAGGACCUGUUUUUAUCUUCCUGUGUGAGUUGAAGUGGCCAUAUGCUGUCAGGGGUGGGGAGUGGCCCCUGACUUCACUGCUGUCCUGGGAACACGGACCCCCAGGCUUGGCGUAGGUGUUUGCUUCCUUCUACUGGCAUUCACUGAAGCCACCGGGGCGGGGGUGGGAGUCUCUAAAGAGAGACUGUCAUGGGUCAUUCCCCACAAGAGCCACAUCCUCACACCUGACAGAUGCACGGCCCAAGGGGCUGCAGCCCUGUUGGAAUUCCAUGCUUCCCCCGCCAGCCAGCUCCUGCUGCCAUCCCCAGGGAGGUGGCCCAGAAUAAAGAACUGGCAUACUGCAAAGUCCCCAGCCCUGCCUCUGGUGGACAGCAUCGUCCUGGAAUGGCCACGGAGUGAUGAGCUGUGUGCUUGUCUCUGGCAGUGGCAGGCUGUGUCCUAUGGACAUCUUGGCAGGACAUGGAAUUUGGCCUCAUGAAAGGCCCAACUAGGCAUAGGAAGGAAAACGAAGAGAGCCAGUAUUUCCCCUUCUCCAGAAGCAGGUACUCAGCUUUCUGGGAAAAGCGUGCCUCCAGCCAUGGGGACAGGCCAUCCUACUGACUACCUCUUGCUUGGCAUGAAAUAAACUGCUAUCCUCCCCUUGGAAUCUACCGCCACUCUACAUCCUACUGCUUUGGCCUCCCUCUCCUCUCACCAGAUGGCAUGUGGUGUGGCACUUGUGGCUGGACACAGGAGGCCUCAGGAUCACAAAUGUUGCACUAGACAUAUAUCCUAAUGUGCUGCCCAGAAACCUCAACUGUUCCCCAGCUCCUGAGGGGCACUGUCAGCGAGAUGCUGGGUCUGGAGGUGAUGAGAUCAGGGGCCACACUUGAGCCGAGUCACCAGAUCCUAUUGCUUCAACAGUGCUUGGCCCCAGCCAGCUUGUCCCGGCCACUCUAGCUGCUGGAUGUGAUCCUGGGACAUGGACUCCAAGCCUCCCUCACAAAAAAAAAAAAGAAACAAUCACCAGCUGCCAUAGACACGGGGGAAGCUUGUGGAGCUCAGGUGAACAAGCUCAGCAAUCAGACAUCUCUGGGGAAAGGAAGGUGGCACAGACCACGUUCCCUGGUUCCUCCCUGCCCCUUGCCAGGCUUCCUUAUUCCUUACUAUGGAAGAGGUCAUAUCCCUUCCCUGCCCCUCGCUGUCUUUAGCAAGCAGGUUUCACUGCUUCAUUAGAAGAGGACAGGUCAAAAGUGAAUCAUUUUUCACUACUUAAGGAAUAAAUCCAAGAGCUUUCCAGAGACUGGCUGCUGCAGCCCUGGGAAUGUCUGUGGAAUUACCAUGUGGAAAUGGAACUUUCUGUUACGCUCUAGACAUUACAAUUACUUGAGUGUUACUCGUUACUACUGAGGUCAAUGCUUCGUGGCAAAUGGCUGUACUGGAUGUACCAACUCUGCUGCCCUUGUUUUGCUGCAUGUUAAAUAAAACCAUUUUCACUGUA